UUGGUGUGGCGAGCGAGGAUGAACGCUAAAACGCUAGCAUCGCCCUUCAUUAUAACAAAAGUAACGUUGCUAGACCUUAAAUAUACAAAAUGACAAAUAAUAGACUCAUAACAUGAGUAUUUUUUAUUUUAUUGGAGUCUAUUUUGUUUGAAUUUCUUCCUAUAAUGUAAGCGAAUGUCGUCAGGCGUUCCAGAUGUUGCCAGCUGUAUUUAGCUGCAUGGAAUUAGCUACACAUGAUUAUAAAUUCUAACAUUUAUGACAUAACUGUGCGUGUAUGUAUAUGUUAGAAGAAUGAGCAACAUGAAGGACAAAGCGAGCCUCCGCCAGCAGAGCUCAGAAAACAACUCGGUGAGUAGUAGUGAAUGGGACAUGGCGAACGACGUGUUCGACAACCCGAUGGGAGCGGAACCGAGCUCAAGCGACGCCGUAGAAUCCGGCGUGGACGCACACCUGCCGCUUCUACCCCAGGACGGGAUGAUACUGGGCCUGGCCGCGGACGAAUAUUCGGCUUCAUCCUACCCGGACAUCGACCAGGACUACACCGAGAGUGACGGCAACGUGACCCCCAAAAAACGAAUCCGCUCCAACAGUUCUCGGCAUCGGGGGGAGAUCGUCACGGAACUGGGCCCGGAGGAAGUCCGGUGGUUUUACAAAGAGGACAAGCGGAUCUGGAAGCCGUUCGUUGGACACGACUCUUUAAAAAUCGAGACCGCCUAUGUGCGGUUCUGUGAGCAGAAUCCUGACAAGGUCAGACACCAUUGUGAUCCGGCCGAGGCCGACGGCAAAGACGCCGGGGAGGUCCAGUUCACGGAGAACGUGGUGGAUGCGGGGUCCGGUUCAGAGGAGAGGGAACACAUCAGUAUGGAUGCAGUGUGUGUCAGAGGAGGACUUUAUGAAGUGGACAUCCGAGACAAGGAAUGCUAUCCCGUUUACUGGAACCAACAAGAGCGUAUUCCUGUGAUGAGGGGCCAGUGGUUCACGGAUGGAACAUGGCUUCCUUUGGAGGAGGAUGAGAGUGACAUGAUAGAGCAGGAGCAUCUUGGCCGUUUCCGGGGACAACAGAUGAGGGAUACCUAUGAAAUGGAGGCGGUGGCCACCACAGUGGACAGCAAAGAUGCCAUUCACAGUGUGAAGCUGAACCGAAGCCACGUGGACUGGCACAGUGUGGACGAGGUGUACCUCUACAGUGACGCCACCACCUCCAAGAUUGCACGAACCGUCACUCAGAAGCUGGGCUUUUCGAAAGCUUCGAGCAGCGGGACGCGUCUCCAUAGGGGGUACGUGGAGGAAGCCGCGCCCGAGGACACGCCGCCUGAAACCACACACCUUGUAUUCGUGGUGCAUGGCAUUGGCCAGAAGAUGGACCAGGGUCGCAUUAUUAGGAACACCAGCAUGAUGAGAGAUGCUGCGAGAAAGAUGGAGGAGAAGCACUUUCCUAAUCGAACCACAGAGCAUGUUGAGUUCCUUCCUGUUGAGUGGCGGUCCAAACUGGCCCUUGAUGGAGACACAGUGGACUCCAUCACUCCUGACAAACUAAGAGGUCUGAGGGACAUGUUGAACAGCAGCGCCAUGGACAUCAUGUACUACACCAGCCCGCUUUACAGAGAUGAGAUUACCCGGGGUCUGACUCUGGAGCUGAACCGUCUUUACUCGCUCUUCUGCUCGCGAAAUCCAGACUUUGAGAAGCAUGGAAAGGUGUCCAUCGUGUCCCAUUCCUUGGGCUGUGUCAUCACCUUUGACAUCAUGACCGGAUGGGACCCUGUACGCUUUCAUCAUCUGGAAGUUCCAGACCCAGAAGAAGCCAAGGCCCGAUGGCCCACCGAUGAUGAGCGCCACCUUCAGGAGCAGCUCAGACUCACACGUCUCAGGUUGAGGGACCUGGAGGACCAAUUUCAGGGUCUGCAGACCUUGUCUUGUGUAGCGGUCCCAGCUUUAAAGUUCAAGGUAGAGAAUUUCUUCUGCAUGGGCUCCCCUCUGGCAGUGUUCUUGGCACUACGAGGCAUCCGUCCGGGAAGCAAUGGCGUCCAGGACCAUAUACUUCCCACCUCAAUCUGCAAUCGCCUCUUCAACAUAUUUCAUCCCACUGACCCUGUGGCCUACAGGUUGGAGCCGCUUGUUUUAAAGCACUACAGUAACAUUGCACCUGUUCAAAUCCACUGGUACAACACCACCGCCCCCGUGCCGUACCAUCAAAUCCGCCCCACGUUGCUUAACUCCACCAAAGAGCCAACAUCCAUAUCGGAUUCAGAUAGUCUUCCCAGCCCCUGCACCUCUCCACCCCAGGCCCGCCGUCACUACGGGGAGUCCAUCACCAACUUGGGCAAGGCCAGCAUCAUGGGUGCUGCGAGUCUUGGAAAGGGAAUCGGGGGGAUCCUGUUUUCCCGCUUUUCUAGAUCCAGUGGCCAGGUGGGCGGGGUCGAGGAGGAGCCGUCAGAUACUGAGGGCGGAGCCACUGAAGGCGAAAACACAUUCUCGGGAGAGAAGGGACCAGUGGGCGAAAGUGACGAGAAGAAAAAACAAGUGGAGGAAGAUCACAGGGAGGUGGAGCAGGCCAUGUCGCAGUCCACCUCAGUGGUCAUGGACCACACCUCAUUGGAACUGGAGCGGCGUAUUGAUUUCGAGCUACGUGAAGGCUUAGUGGAGAGCCGCUAUUGGUCUGCGGUGACGUCACACACGGCCUACUGGUGCUCUUAUGACGUGGCGCUCUUCCUCCUCACCUUCAUGUACCGACCUCAAGAGCCUGCUGAGACAGCCGAGGACAACACGGACUCUUCUUAGCACACCAAGGCACAUCCUCUUCAUUCACUUUCUACUAUUGAAAACAUUUUUAGCAUACGUACUAUUCAUUUAUUGUACAUAGUGGACUUACACAUGACAACUAAUUUAUUUUAUAUUCGCAUGAUGACGUUAUCAUCAAGUGAAUUGAAAAUGGACACCAUGGACAGAUGGGAUGAGCUGUUCCCAAAACCUUGUCCUCGUUCCACUCUUUCACGGUGACUGAGGAUGUGAUGAAUGACUACUUUCAUCAUAGGUCACCGGUGGAAUGACUACAUUCCAUCACAUUUGAUAUCAUGAUUUCACACCUGAACGGGUCGCAAGGUUUGGGAGAAUGUGAUGUGGUCACAUGACACCAAAAUGGCGGUCUCGGCGUGCAGCAGAGAAAUGGUGAAUAUGAGUCCAAGCACAGCAAGUGGCAAACUUUGCUUUGGGUUUUUCUCUGCUGAGGGACGAGGAAGACUUCCCCAGAUCGAUGAACGGGGUCGUGUGCCGCCAAAUCUUGGAUGAGAACUCCCUCACCUCAACCACAACAUAGCGACGGUUCUUCCAGAAUUACAGCAAAGACAACAAAGGAGUGGCUCACCAAGAAGGACUUUAAGAUCCUAGAGUGGCUGAGCCAGUCUCCGUACCGUAACCCAAGGGUGUCCAAACUUUUUCCAGUGAGGGACACAUAUUGAAAAGUAAAAUGAUGCCAGGGAUAUGUUGAUAUUUUGUAAAGCAACACACGUCCAUAUGCUAAGACAUGACAUCCAGUGGUAUGAAAAAUGACAUGAGAAGUGAAAUGAAGUUUAUCGGAUGUACAGAAAGUGUUUAAUAAUUACGUAAACAAAAGAAGGCAGCAGCAUAAAUUUGGGCACCCCAACAGAAAAAUGACAUCAAUAUUUAGUAGAUCCUCCUUUUGCAGAAAUAAAUAAAUCGAUAAAGAAAUAAAUAAAUGUUAAAAAAAAAUCAAUAAAUGAAAUAAAAAAAAAAAAAGAUUUAUAGGCGAUCUCGGCUCAUAUCUUUUACUUCUGUUUUACAGCCAAGAGGUAGAUUGCAGCCAUAAAGGACCACAGCAUAUGCUAAUUAGCUAGCCAGUAGCUAAUAUCAUGGUCCUGGUUGGAGUGCCAAGGGUGCCCUGCGCCCUUUUGGGCAUCAGUUGUGUUUCUUUCACGUUAUGGAUGCACACUGCGGGUUACUGAGUUGAUGAUUGAUGAUUGAAGUUGAUUAAUUCAUUUAUCAUUAUUGUUAUGGAGUGGAUGAUAAUAAUAAGGAUAAUAAUAAUGUAGCGUAUGUCUGUUAAAUCUGUUGUGUUUUUCUAGUUGGUGGUGUUAAUGUGAUAAAAAAAAAACAAUUCGGCAUUCAUUAAAAUUGAAUGGUGGCCUAAAAUAAUUGAGUAUCUCUACUAAAUUUGUCAAAAAGUGGGAAAGUUAUAUCCCCGCUCUUGUUCCUUAUUUGUUUUUUGGAUUUCCUAAUGUCUACUACAUUCAUUCAUAUCCUGGGCAUCUCCUGGGGGCAACCCCCCCUCCCUGUCCUCAGAACAUAGUGACUCCCCUGGUGGUACUCCUUAUAAAGUAAAAGUAUUAUCGGAUUAAAGUUAGAAUUAGUAUGAGAACAAAAUUUACAAGGAGAAGAAAGUUGAAAUAGAAAAAAAAAAAGAAUUUAAAUUUACAAGAAUAAAGUCAAAAUCUUUUAAGAGAAGAGUCCUAUUCUAACAAGAAAAAAAUAUUAAUUUUAUGAGAAAAAAUAUAAUAUUGUGAGAAACAAAGAAAACACAAUAAAGUUGUCAUUUUUGGAAAAAGUUAGGUUAAGUUGCAAUUUUCAGAGCAUAAGCUGAUAAUAUGCAGAAAAAAAUGAGUCGUAAUAAUAGGACAAACAAUUCCAUUCGUGAAGAAAGUUGAACUAUUCGGAAAUGCAAAACAUUUUUUUUGCAAAGAUGAUAUGAAUAAUAAUCUUUUUCACCUAUAUCACAAAGUGAGAUACAUUUUUUUUUCAUGAAAUACAUAUAACUUCUUAGCAUAUCUUCAUGCGUUGCUUGACAAAAUUUCAAAACGGCCCUUGCACCUUUCAUUUUUCACGAUGUAGCCCUCACGAGAAAACGUUUGGACAGCCCCGACUUAGACCUUCAAAGAUGGAGUGCACUGUUUACAAUUUGUAAAUGCAUUAUUAUUAUUAUUUUGUACAUUUCUUAUCAUGAUCAAAGUGUGUAUCACGUGUGUCAAGUAUUGUGUUGCACAGCACACAUGCAUGACGGUGCCCCUGAGAUGUUGUGCUCAAGGGCACCUUGAACCACUGCCAACUGAAACGUUUGUGUAAUCGGUCGUUGUGGAUGAAUGCUUGGGUCGUUGAUUGACAGCAGUGAUCAAACUAUGAAUACGUUGACCCUUUUUUCUCCUUAUGGCGUCUUUCUCGUGCUUUACCUUCAUCCAGCUUAUGUCCAUGUACAUUAAAACCACGGAGAGGUCCAAUUCUCUGGUCUGGUCAUAGUUUGAAGACAUUUUCCAUCCAUCCAUUUUCUUCCACUGAUGGAAGACAAAGUAGGCUCAAUAGGGAAGCCUAAACAUCCCGGUCUUCCAGUUCCAUCUGUAAGACUUUCCCAGGCCAGUUGUAACAUGGACAGUAAUCCCUCCAGCUUGUCUUACAGGUCUUCCCAGCAGGCAUCUGGGUUCGAUGCCCGAUCCACCUUCUCCAGCCACAAGCUCCUUCUUCCGGUCCCAACCCAGAGGUCAUGACCGUAGGCGAGUGCAGGAACUCUCUCUUCAGCAAUCUACCACUUCCUGUCAAUCUCGUGCUCCAGCCGUCACUCGCUCGUGAACAAGACCCCGAGAUACUCGACCGCCAAUCCACACGUUUGUAUCGGGGAAGAAUGGAUGCUGAGUCUCAUCCCAGAAGCUUCACACUGGACCACCAUCCCAGUAAACGCUGAACGUCACAGCCUUAUGAGACCAUCAGGACCACAUCAUCUGCAGACCCGAGACCCUGAGACCCCCAAGGUGGACUCCGUCAAUCUUAUUUCUAUUAAAAACGGGAGGGAUGAAGGUGGUGUUGAUGUUCAGACCCGAGCAGCCAUUAGUGCAGCGAACCAAGGCCACGAACCAGGUUUCCACGGCCAAUAUUAUCCAAGGAAAAGUGCACCUUUUAAAAAUGUUGCCAUCAUCCACGAUCCUUUUGGAGACAUGAACACAUCCUGGACCGUAUGGCCUCACCUUUUCUGUGCAUUCGAAAGAGAGACAGCUCCUACUGCACGUUAUUGCCAACAAGGUUUUUAACUUAUUAUGUCUACUAUAUUGGAUAAUCAGAGUGUAAAAGUGACUAUAGGGCUGCUAUUCCAUGUCCAGAGGGCUCUAAUAAUGUGUAAAGAUGCAUUUAGAGGGUUGUAAAGGUAGGAUCAACUGUCAUCUGGGAGAAACUCAGAGUAGAGCUGCUGCACCGUGGGGAGCCAAAUGAGGCGACUCGGGCAUUUGGCCUCUUGAAUGCCUCUACGGGGGUGUGUUCAGGGCACGCCCGACUGUUAGGAGGACCAAGGACAUGUUGGUGAGACCAUCUCCAUGCUGGCCUGGGAAGGCAGAGAUGUGGACUGGAGUUUGUCACUCAGAGACGAGUCCCACACAGAAAGACUUCAGACUUGACUUGGACUUGGGACUCGUGACCAAUCAUGUUUUUUUUUGGCGGAUUUACUUUGGGAAAUCCCACAAUCCUCAAAGGCCACACGAUCCAAAAUUGUCAAAGUGAAAAAGGUGUUUAGACAUCUGAAGGUUUGUUAGGACGGAUUGUGUCAGUACGUGAACAUGUGUGACUACUUAUGAAGACGUGUGAACAUGUGUGAAGACAUGUCACUAUGUGUGAAGAUGCGUGACUACGUGUGAACACGUGUGAAGACGUGUGACUACGUAUGAAGACGUGUGAACAUGUGUGACAACGUGUGAACACGUGUGAAGGCGCGUGACUACGCGUGAACACGUAUGAAGACGUGUGAACAUGUGUGAACAUGUGUGAACGUGUAAAUUCCUGUGAAGACGUGUGACUACGUGUGAAGACGUGUGAACAUGUGUGAAGACGUGUAAACACAUGUGAAGACGUGUGAAGACGUGUAAACACGUGAAGACGUCUGAAGACGUGUUCACACGUGUUCACACGUGUGACUACGUGUUCACAUGUGUGACCACGUGUGAACGUGUGUGAAGACGUGUGAAUCUGUGUGAACAUGUAUGAAGACAUGUGAACAUGUGUGAACAUGUGUGAACAUGUGUAAAUUCCUGUGAAGACAUGUGACUACGUGUGAAGACGUGUGAACAUGUAUGAAGACGUGUGAACAUGUGUGAAGACGUGUGAACAUGUGUGAAGAUGUGUGAACACGUGUAAAGACGUGUGAACACGUGUGAACAUGUGUGAAGAUGUGUGAACACGUGUAAAGACGUGUGAACACGUGUGAACAUGUAUGAAUUCGUGUGAAGAUGUGUGAACACAUGUAAAGACGUGUGAACACAUGUAAAGACGUGUGAACACAUGUAAAGACGUGUGAAGACGUGUGAACAUGUGUGAAGACGUGUGAACAUGUAUGAAGACGUGUGAACAUGUGUGAAGACGUGUGAACACGUGAAGACGUGUGAACAUGUGUGAACAUGUGUAAAGACGUGUGAACACGUGUAAAGACGUGUGAACACGUGUGAACAUGUGUGAACAUGUGUGAAUUCGUGUGAAGAUGUGUGAACACAUGUAAAGACGUGUGAACACAUGUAAAGACGUGUGAACACAUGUAAAGACGUGUGAACAUGUAUGAAGAUGUGUGAAUACGUGUGAACACGUAUGAAUACGUGUGAAGACGUGUG